UUAUGUAAUUUGGUAAAUGUGAUAUAGCCUCCCUAUGUAAGCACAUGUUGAUACACACAGCUAUUAUUUACUAGAAAAUUCAAUUCAGUCAGACUAUGCCACCCCAUGUGGAGUUAGGCAAAACCCAUUUAUAAGGAUUUUAAGCUUUCGUAGAACAGUCCACUUAAGAGCAAUCUCUAACAAAAAAGAAACCCUACAAACUGCAUUCACAGCUUCUCCUUCAGUUUUUACAUUCUAAACCUAUUCAAUGCAAUGACAUUCCAGACAAGUACUCUGGUUUCCAACAAAAGCAAGCAUUUUUUUUUUUUUUUUUUUUUUUUGAGACAGAGUCUCACUUUGUGGCAUCAUAGCUCACAGCAACCUCAAACUACUGGGCUUAAGGGAUCCUCUUGCCUCAGCCUCCCAAGUGCCUGGGACCAUAGGUGUCCACCACAACACUGAGUAUUUUUAGAAAUGGGGUCUCACUUAGGCAAUCUACCCACCUGGACCUCCCAGAGUAGUAGGAUUACAGGCCUGAGCCACCACGCCCAGCCCCAAAAGCAAUCUUUUGAGAGCACAUAAAAAAAUGGUUUUAUCGACAGCCACCGCCGCCAAGACCAACAUGGCCGCUAGACUCGCCACCUUCCUCAAGGAUGCUUGGGCCAAUGAGCCAGUGCUGGUCAACUCCUUCACCGUUGGGGGCCUCGUUAUAAUUAUGCAGAUGCUCAGCCCCCACACCAAGUACUCUAGCAUGAUCAACAAGGCCACACCCUACAAGUACCCAGUGCCCGCCCGAGAUGAUGGGAACAUGCCCCAUGUGCCCAGCCAUCCCCAGGACUCCCAGGGCUCAAGCUUGAACUGUGAGCAUCUCCAUCCACAGGGAAGAGGAUCCCCUUCCCUCACGGCCCCCAAUAAAAAUGUGAAAACAGAACAAAAAAAAAUGGUUUUAGCAAUAACCACACAUUGAUGUAUAAUUAUAAUAAUGUAAGAGGGUGGACAGAACGUUUGUGUGAAAAUUUACUGUUAAACUAUUAUAAAUUGCACAUGAACUUUAUGUCCACCCCGUAUGAUGGCUAAAAUGCCAUUUUCCAAAAAACAAAGGGAACUUCUCAGAAAAGCUUUUAUACAGAAAAUCACGAAAGAAAUAUGCCCUUUGCAUACCAGGAAAAUCUAUCUCCAUUUAAUAGACAAUUUAAAAACUCAUGGUCCAGCCAGGCUCAGCGGUGGCUCAUCACUGUAAUCUUGGCACUCUGGGAGCCCAAGGCAGGAGGAUCCCUUGACAGGAGUUUGAGACCAGCCUGAGCAAGAAGCAAGCCUGUCAGGCAGUGCCUGUGGAUCAAGGAGUAGGGUGCUGGCCCCAUACACCGGAGGUGGUGGGUUCAAACCUGGCCCCGGCCAAAAAACCACACACACACAAAAAAGAAGCAUUCUGUCUCCACUAAACAGAAAAAUUAGACAUGCGUCCUGCUGGGUGCCUAUAGUCCCAGCUACUUGGGAGGCUGAGGCAGGAGGAUAGUUUGAGCUCAGGAGUUUCAGGUUGCCGUCAGCUAGGCUGACACCAGGGCACUUUAGGCGGGGGCAACAGAGUGAGAGUCUAUCUUCACAACCCACAAAAACACAAUGUUAGAGCUACCACCUCCAUAUUAACUCCCAGAUUCAUUUAAGUAACUUUAACUCCCUUCCUUGUCACAUCUUUGCCAUUACAGUUGCAAAAGCACAGUUCUGAAUUCUCUACCUUUUCGAUUAAAAACUAAAACUACAAAGAUUCUUUGAUCUCCAUGGAAGAAUAUAGAGCAGUCAAUAAAAAGAAAAAACUAUCUCAGUAUUUUAUCUACUUUGGUCAUUCUUUUUGUACUGUUUUUUUUUUUUUUUUUUCUAUAGCCACACUUGCGAAAUCGACAUAGAAUCCUGACAAAUCCUAAGACAAAUUAGCGAAAAGAAAACAGGUGACUGAUAUCUCAAAUUUGCGAAAUGCCCAAUGGACCCACAUUGUAAUUUCCAGGGAUAAUGUCUUAAUUAGCUUUCUUAAAUGUCUAAGAAGUAAGUAUCAAUUGCUAAAAAACUGAAUUGAACAAUUUGGUCCAAUGGCACUAAUGGUUUAACGUUUUAUUUAUAUACACACACACACGCACACUUCUUUUUUCUUUUUUUAAGACAAUCUCACUGCGUCGCCCUCGGUAGAGUACCGUAGUGUCACAGCUCACGGCAACCUCCAACUCUUGGACUUAAGCGAUUCUCUUGCAUCAGCCUCCAGAGUAGCUGGGACUACAGGCGCCCGCCACAAUGUCCGACUAUUUUUGGUCGCAGUUAUUGUUGUUUAGCAGGCCGGAGCUGGGUCCGAACUCGCCACCCUCGGUGUAUGUGACUGGCGCCGUAACCACCGUGCUACGGGCGUCGAGCCACGUUGUUUUUUUUUAUAAAUAGAUUAAAAUAAAGCUGGCUCAAAAAUCGCUUUUUAGGAACCAGUUUGGAAAGCAUUCCUCCUGAGGGGCUGCUUCCUCGUCUGGGAUUCCGUGGUGUCCAGGGGCCACGUGGCGGACAGCGGCACUAACAGGUGCAGACAGCGCAGCUAACGCGCACUGCGUGACCUUGGCCCAGGCUCUCCGGGCAGCACAGAACCACGCAGGCAAAAAGGAACCAACGAUGGUGACCGCACUUAUGAAGACUGACUCAGACAGCCUUCACUUGUCUAGAAUACAUUUUAGCACCUGCAUCUCAGACACACGAACUACGCGUCUCUGCGGGCCUCAGUCUCGCAGGAGGCCCAGCGUUCCCGCCCGCAGCCGGCGCGGCCCGCCAUGUUCUCCCCGCUCCCUGCGCAGACGGCUCGCCCCAGAGGCCGCCGCAGCCCGGGCCCAGCCGCGCGCCCGCUGCUCGCAACCAAAGCCUCGGCCCAGGAUCCCCGACUGCCUCGGUGCAGGAGUUCCUGGAGGAGCGUACCGCCAACCUCCAAUCCACCAUGCCCCGAGA